AUGGCUUCAGCACAGGACCUGCCAAUUACUGGAGUCUGCAUUGUCAGUGAUCCUGGCCGGUGUCCACCAAACUUCAUCCUGAUUGACAAAACAUUUGACCGUCCUGAAGAUGCAGAUUUGUGGAGAGAUGGGUACUUUGGGCGGAGAGUGAUGAGGUACCUCUGUGUGCAACGACAGAUUCCAUUACUGAAUCAAGAUGUAUUGGUUGAUGUGGCGCUGAUCAACGAAAGGGAUCUGCCGCCUGCAGGCUUUUCUGUCAUUGAUUUAACUCAUGACACUCGAGAAAAAGCAACACAGAAGAGAAGCAUAUGUGUGAGGUGGAUGAUUCCGUCAAUGACGAAGCAUGCUAUAACAGAGCUUAUAUUUAUAACGAAAACUUCAAGAAGGGCACCAGCAAACUACACAUUAGUGGGUGAGAUCAAUAAUAUGUCACUUUGUUACAAAGUCGGAGAGGUCCCUAAAAUACCAAAUGCUGCAAAAUCUCUGGUUAGUCCAACCCAGCCUACAGUGACAACCCCAACUCAGGCCUACAAUAUGGCUGCACUGGCCAGUGGCCUACCAUACACUAUUACCCCUCCAGCUGUACCUGCACGGCCCCUGUCUGGAGGACUUAUGACUCGUACAGGUCCACCCGAACAGUCCGCAAACAGUCUGGCAACAGGACAUAUCAAUCCUAUUUCUGGUAUUGUGUGGAAGAUGAACCCCAAGUAUAAACAGCUGAUAGAACUCCAGAAUAUAACAAUUCCAGAAAUUAAAGCCAAAACUAUGACGGAUAUAGAUCACCAGUAUGAUUACAACUUCAGUGUUGAGCGGUCGGUUUCAAAGACUCCGAGAUUGAGCUGA